GUUUCAAUAUACCAAGUAAAUACGUAAGUAUCUUUUUAUGGUUCUUCACUUUCGAGGUUCUCAAAAAGCUUAUAUUUAGUUAGUAAAUGCUAGGUUCGGUUUUCAGUAGAGAGAAAACUGGUCAUCUGGACAUUUCUGUAUCAUUUGAAUACAGAGAAGUGCAUUGAUAAUUUAUCGAUUUCAUAGGUCAACAGCGGUAAAAUGUUAAGAUAAUUUUUUCGAAAUAGUUUCAUCCUCAGAGUAAUUUGGUACGUGUUAACUAACGUUGAUGAAUUGGUUAUAUCCCACUGAUGACUUCUUUGUUGAUGUUAUCUUCUGAUAAUGGUAAAAAGAUAAUGGCUUUCCCAGCAAUGAGAAGGUUGUUCGUUGUUUAUCUCCAUGGAUCCACCAACGCUGAUCAAUGUAUCAAAAUUGAUCCUGGUAUUCAGAGUAGUAGUGAAAGCCCCACAGUUUCAUCGGACUUCCAUAAACGAUUAAUCUGAUAACUAAUGGGUUUUGAAUAGUAGAUAGAGACCCUUAGCAAAACAUUUCCCACAUACCUACUGUCAUAUUGACGAGAUUUAUUAUCCUUAGUAUCCGACAUGCAAUCUGCCAAAGGUUUGUCAAGGAUAACAGAGAAAACUAUGUAUGAGUGCUGAUUUUUUGAUUGCGGUUUAAGAUCGCAAUAAUCUUUCAUAUUUCCCCAACUCUCCUGGUUUUAUUCAAGUGUCCGUAUUUUUCUUUCACUUGGUUUCCUUUUUGUAGUGAUUUCCUCCCACUUUUCUAAUUAGAAACGUAGAAACCUCUAGCAGUUUGGAUUUACUCCAGGUUUUUUAUUGUUUACGGUGUAUAUCGUAUGAUAUUGUCUUUCUUCUUCUUUCAGUCAUCAAAUUUAAGUGCUGAAGAUUUGGAUUCCUUGGAAGAUUUGGUUUUUCGCCUAACCGGUCAAGGUAUUUUUAAGUGCUUAAUUUUAUCACGUCUGAUUUUACCCCAAAUUUUACGCAUGCUUAUGAGUUCUAAACAAACCUUUCAUGUUAUGCAUUUCGAAGAAUCCACAACACCAUAAAAACGAUAUCAUCUCAGUCGGUCAGUUAUAAAGCCGGGGACAUGAUUUCGUCAGUCCAAGUCUCCAUACCACGUCUGCAAGACAAGAUGAAAUUGACAAUAGGUAGGAUAAAAUUUUUCGAAGUAAUGGUAUAAUCGGUAAUAGCGAAAAGGAUUAUAUACUGAAGAACGCUGUUCCUAGAGAACGGAUUAACUCAAGGAAUAAAAAUUGCGAGUUGAUUUUGAAGCUCAAGACUUGAGAGUCAAUGAGUAAAUGGAUCUGUGUCAUUUUUUGUUUCUAACCCAUUCCAUCUUUUGCCUUCAACCGCUAACCAUGAUUAUUGUGCAGACCCCAACCACUUGGUUUACAUUCACCAACACGACAGCAAUUUACUUCAUGGGCUGAUAGUGUGUCUUCGGAAGUGUCAGCCUCUCACGUACCCCUAUUAACAACAGAGCUUGUGUUUGUAAACUGCUAUUUGGGAUAUGUGGGUUGUAAUCUAGUUUUUGAAAACAAUAACACUAGCUCAUCAGUCGUCUAAAAUUCCUAUAGUGUUGGAGAUGCUUAAAACAAACUUGUCUUAUCAGAAUCGAUCGUACGUAUUAAUUGAUUUUCAGUUAGUUUGGCAAUCAUUAUCAUUAAAACAAAUGGUUUGUCUGUUUAAAAUUUCACUUCAUUGACUAUUAGAAAAUUAAUUGGAGUUAACAGAAAACUUUUCGCUUGGUGAAAUGCCAGUGUUAUACCCUGCUUAUUGCUAUUCGGAAACUAGUCAGUUUGUAUUAAUCAGAAACACGAAAAGCUCUUUUUUCAACAAAUUUAUUAUCCAGGUGUAAAAUGUUAUAACUUGUAGCCUUGUGCCCUUACCAAUAUAUGACGUAAUGAUACCGCCAAUUAAAAAACAGUGAAUUAUCGACGGGACCAAUGAUGCAUAAAACAAGUACGAGCAGUCUAGAAUCUUUAUUGGUCCUUAUUCCUGCCUAGCCCUGCCUGUUAAGUCCAGAACACCAAAUCAUACAUAUAUACGAUUGUGCAGCUUGAUAAUAGGUUCGUUGAGAAGGGAUCCCUUCACUGAACUUCGUGUUUUUAAUGUCUAAAUGGGAAACUGUAUUUAGUCGCAAUUUGUUCACUUAAUGUUUUGUCUGACUUCAAUUUUGAUUAGUGUUUCAUCGGAUUUGGCUAACUUAUUUUCUACUACUUUUUUAUAUUUUGUAGAGAAUAUCAAUUUUUACAGUUCAAAAUAUCAAGUCAAACCAGUUGGACUUACUAAAUUUAUUAAAACCAGAGUGUGGUGAUUUAGUUGUCUUCAUUAAAGGAAAUACAGAAAUUGAGUUAAAAGCAUUGGGCAUGGCACGAGUUGAAGUUGCUAAGCUUAUUGAUUCGAAAGGUUUGUCAAUAUAUGAACCUGGAUUCCAUUUUCUUUGGAUAAAUCAAUUUCCAUUGUUUGAAAAAAAUAACUUAGGUAAAUGGAAAUCAGUGCACCACCCGUUCACUGCUGCGUCACCAGAGACAGCACAUUUCUUGUAUACUGAUCCGAGCAAAGUUAUCGGUUUACAUUACGAUUUAGUUUGUAAUGGUCAAGAGGUUGGAGGUGGUUCAAUCCGAAUACAUAAUCCUGAGGUGCAAAAAGUUCCUAUAUAUAUGGGUAUAAUCAUUUUAUUUCAGGAAAAUUCUUGUGAAAUGGAAUACUUUUUAACUGCCCUGAAUUCAGGAACUCCACCGCAUGGUGGGAUUGCGUUAGGUCUUGAUCGUUUAAUUGCAAUAUUUGUAAAUGCCAAAUCCAUCAGAGAUGUAAUUGCUUUCCCAAAAGCAGCCGAUGGGAAGGAUCUCUUAUGUGGGACACCAACUAUGGUAGAUGAUGAAAUCUUAUCACAGUAUUGCAUUUCUGUUUCCAAUCUUAAUAAAAGUUGAUUUCCAACUGAUAAUUUUAACCUUUCUAAAUAGUGUUUGCUUUAGCAACAUCACAGUAGUUUGGGUAUAAUUAUUGUUAGGAAUAUUUUACCAUCAUGGUAUCCUAAUGUUUAUGAGUAUUGUAAAUAUAAUUAGAUUGUGUAAAAAACAAAUUGUGUUUCGUGUUCUUGUUAUAAUACUCACUGAGGUGUGCCUUCAACAACAAAGAUUUCUAAUAAUUAUCGGAAUUAGAAACUUUAAUCAAUUCACAUCAUUUUUGAAGAUGGUACUCUCAUUGCAUUCAUACUGCCAUUGACCCCCAUCUUAGCUGCGUCACGCACUAAUUCAAACCAUAUCAAUAUUGCUCUGAAUCUUGAUAAAUACUCGUAAGUAGAGUCUCAAAGUGUUAUUUUUUAGAUUGGGAAUAUUUUAAAUCUAAACAGUGC